GUCAAAUUCUCCAUUACGUGGUCUCCUUGUGUUUUCUCUCCACUGCUAUAUAUAACCAUCAGAGAUAGAUAGCUAAGGGAGAGACCUGAGAUCAGGAUGGCCAAUAUGCAGAGACCCAUGAAAGUUCUGAUGUUGCCAUGGCUUGCUCACGGCCACAUAUCACCAUAUUUAGAGCUAGCAAAGAGACUUUCCACGAGAAACUUCCACGUUUACUUUUGUUCCACUCCUGUCAACCUUAGCUCCAUCAAACCCAAGAUUUCCGAGAAAUAUUCAUCCUCUGUUGAACUUGUCGAGCUUCACCUCCCAUCUCUGCCUGACCUCCCUCCCCAUUAUCACACAACCAAAGGCCUGCCUCCUCACCUCAUGAACACCCUCAAAGUGGCUUUCGACAUGGCGAGCCCUGGCUUCUCUGAUAUCGUCAAGAGCCUGGGCCCCGAUUUGCUCAUUCAUGACUUUCUCCAACCGUGGGCGGCAGAAGUGGCGAAGUCUCAUGGCUUGCCUUCGGUCGUCUUUUUCAGUGUUGGUGCGGGGACGCUAUCUUUUAUGUUCCAUAUGAUCAAGAACACCAGCAUCGAGUUCCCCUUCAAAGCAAUUCGUCUUCAUGAUUACGAGCAGGCAAAACUCACCGACAUGAUAGACGACUCCACAGGCAGCGUGAGCAACAAAGAUAGGUGUUUACAAUGUGUUGAAAGGUCCUCCAACUUUAUCUUGUUGAAAACCUUUAGAGAGCUGGAUGGGAAGUAUAUGGACUACCUCUCAAGUCUCUUGGGGAAAAUUGUGGUGCCUGUUGGUCCACUUGUGGAUGUCCCUAGCAACAUAGAAGAUGGAGAUGGCAUCAUUGAGUGGCUUGACAAGAGAGAAGAAUCUUCUACUAUUUUUGUGUCAUUUGGUACUGAAUAUUUUCUCAAUGAGAAAGAAAGAGAGGAGAUUGCUUAUGGAUUGGAGCUUAGCAAUGUCAACUUCAUUUGGGUCAUUAGGUUUCCCGUAGGAGAGAGCAUUGAGCUUGAAGAGGCAUUGCCUGAGGGGUUCUUUGGAAGAGUGAGAGAUAGGGGAUUGGUGAUAGAUGGAUGGGCACCACAGGGAAUGAUUCUGGAGCAUCCGAGCAUUGGUGGGUUUGUGAGUCAUUGUGGAUGGAGCUCCAUCAUGGAAAGCAUGAAAUCUGGGGUCCCGAUCAUCGCAAUACCGAUGCAACUCGAUCAGCCGUUAAAUGCACGGAUGGUCAAGGAUGUCGGGGUUGGACUGGAGGUGAAGAGAAAUAAGAACGGAGAGCUUGAGAGAUCGGAGAUAGCGAAGGUUAUCAAAGAUGUGGUGGUGGAGAAAGAUGGAGACGGUGUGAGGAGGAAGGCAAAAGAAAUGGGUGACAGUGUUAGGAAUAAGGGAGAGGGAGAAUUAGAUGAAGUGGCUGAUGCUUUAGUCCAACUUUGUGUGGGAUAUAAAGAAGAAUAUGUGUCAAAAUGAAGGCCAUGUAAUGGCAUGUGUAUGGCUAUCGUGUGCGUCUAUGGUCCCCUGACAAUAACCUUGCCAUCGUAAUGCUGUGAAGUUUUUCUCGAUAUGUUUAGUAACUUGUUGAUUAUUUGUAUUGUAGUAGUGGCAUUUUAAUUAGAUUCUAUAAUAGUAAUGAGACAGCGGAAGAAGCCCUGUUCAGAAU